AUGGAGCCUGGCCGAACCGAGAAGGCUUGGGAGCCGAAAGCCUUGGUUCAGCGUCUUUAUGCUGGUCGUGUGCCCAAGGUGAUUGUGCUCUGCCUGCUGCUUCUGCUGGCCAAUGAGAAGAUGGAAUGGUUGGCUCUGUCUGCCAUCCUUCGCCUGAAGCGUUCGAGUCUGGUGUUCCUGGCCCCAGAUGUGGCUGAGUCGAACAUCAUGGCCAUCAGGACCUACACCCCUCAAUUCGGCCAGACAGUGGCUUUGGUGCUCCCGGAGAUGAAUGCCACGCCGAUGCGACAGCCGAAGGCUGCCUUGGCUAC